UUUUCUAGCAUCUGUCGACGCACGAGCUUUGGCGGCGCGGCGCUUUGUGUUUGUUAUUGUAGGCAGACAAGACAGACGGUAGAUAAAAUAUUUAGGUUACGGUUAUGCUAUAUCGAUUAGGAUUGUAACUACUUAAAAAUGAACAUAGUUUCGUGUGGGAACGAUGCAGGCGCCCCAUUCUUACGUUGAAUUAAAUAUAAGCAAACGAACCUAUUUUCGCUAAACUGGCACAGAAAAUCCACAGGGCGAUGAUGAAUGGCUUCUUUUCCUCCAUUUUAUCGCCGGUCGACGAGUGCGGAGCACCAGACGUCGCCGAUUCCGGGGAUGUUAUCGUUGAUUCCUCCGGUGCAACCCUAGGCACUGAAACCGAUUCCUGUGCCGAAAGGGUUUCUCCAACAUUCGCGACGGCGUUGCCGACGUCGGAGGCAUCGCUCUUGGUGCUCGCCGCCGCAUACUCGACGGCCGUUAAAAACACCAGAACGCAAAAACCAACCCUGCACGCUCGUCGCGAAAGGUCCGGGUUUAAAAGCCGAAACGCGUACAUCACAUAUGAACUAAACUCGCGCUUAGACUGCCAUGAAGGCAGUCUUCUGCAGGCAUCGUGCACCUGCUAAGACUGGGCGUCGAGGUUUACAUGACAGCUGACGACGGCGUCGCGGUGCCAGCCGAUACGCGUGCGCACCGGCGUUCUUGCUCAAUUUCGUUUUUAUUAUACUAACACGACGCCUAUUUGUCGGACAGUGGCGGGGCGCCGAUAGGGCUCUAAAUACGAACGAUUACCAACACGCUUUUACCUCAAAGUAAUAAAUACGCACUUAGACUACCGCGCAGCAUCACAAUUACGUUACUAAAGAUAACCUCGCAACUUGAUAAAAUAUAAAUAAUUUUAUCGAGAACUCGUCGCUCAAAUGGGGCGUACUCACAUUUUACAGUGCGCUCGAAACGGUAUAAGUAAGUGAAGUUAUGUAAGCGCUGAAAACAUUUUCGUUAUCCUUAAUUAAAGUGGGAAAUUUAUUCAUUCAUUAUUAAUUAAUUAACGACAACGGACUAACUUUAAUUUAGCCCAUUUAAAUAUCUUGUCAAAACUAGAUGCAAUCGUCCACAGUAAUAAGAAUUCAUAAAUUGCUUCAUGUAUUUAUAGGUGCCUUUAUUUAAAAGAACGAUGUCGGGGAGUUUCUGAAAGGGCGAAUGUAUUGAUUUACUUGCAUUGAAUUAUUAAAGUAGGCAAUCGUAUGCGAACUCGUUUGUGUUGAACGACUUAUACAGAGUGGUCACACAAUAAAUCAAUAUUUUAUAAAAUUAGUGUGCAUUAAACUUUUUUUAAUUUACAUAUUUUAACCUUGAAAAUUGCGACGUUGAAUAAAGUUUGUAAGUCUAGUAACCACUUUUCUAAAUAUAUACAGGAUGUUCCAAUUCAUCUAUGUAGUUAGCGUCAGCAGUCAAAUGGCCGAACAUCCACUGACGCAGCUUAUAUUAUUGGAAAUAUAAUA